GAAAUUCAAUACAUAUACUACUUAGAAUUAGAACAUCUCGUCAAUUCAUAUUGCAUGUUCCAUUUCAAGAGAUUAUGAUAUUGGAUUAAAUACUGUACAAUUGCAAGUUUUAGUCACGGCAUUCUAUCCAACAUCACAAUGGGCUCCGCUGCUCCAAAGCAACUGGUUUUCCUCACUGGAGGAAGCGGUUUUAUUGCGUCCCAUAUUCUCGAGCAGUUGCUCUCCAACGAUUAUCGCGUGAUCGUGACGGUACGUUCCGCACUAAAAGGCGAUAAAAUUAUUUCUUCAUUUCCGGAGGAUACCAGAAAGGACAUCUCCUAUGAAAUUAUUGAAGAUAUUGCUCAGGAUGGUGCUUACGACGAGGCAAUUAAAUCGAACCCUUCCAUAGAUUACGUGAUUCACACAGCCUCACCAUACCACCACAACUUGCAAGAUCCUGUCAAGGAUUUUCUUGACCCAGCUAUCAAAGGAACCACGGGUAUUCUGCACUCUAUCCUGAAGUAUGCACCAACCAGCGUGAAGCGUGUUUUGCUAUUAUCAAGCACCGCCACUAUCCUUAACCCUUCCAAUCAUGCAAAAGUAUACACAGAAGAAAUUUACGGAACAACAACCUGGGAAGAGGCCAUUGGUGGCCCGUUGACUUACAGAGCAAGCAAGAUAUACUCGGAAAGAGCAGCUUUUGAGUUCAUAGAAAAGGAAAAGCCAGCGUUCGACUUGGUUACGCUCAACCCGUCAUUGGUCUUUGGUCCGCCUCCCAAGCACUUGGCCAGUCUCGAUGCAUUGAACACCAGUAAUCAUCGCCUUCGCGACAUGAUUCUUGGUAAGAUGCGAGAAAAUAUAGCACCAACAGGCCCUGUUCAUAUUUUCGUUGACGUACGCGACGUAGCCACCGCUCAUAUUCGUGCACUUCAGAUUCCGCAGGCUAGUAUGCAACGAUUCAUGAUAGUUAGUGAUUAUUUUUCAAACAAGCGAAUCGCUGAUACAAUUCGGGAGAGAUAUCCACAAUUAAAGGACAUCUUACCAGCCGAAGAUUCGCUUGACGACUUCCCAGAGAGUAUUUAUGGCUUCGAUGUUAGUAAAUCCAAGAAAAUGCUUGGAAUCGAGUACAGGGAUUUGAAGACUUGUGUCAAUGAUGCGGUCGAAGCGAUGAUUUCACAAGUCUAGGUUGCGGCCAUUUACCGAAAAUCGAAAAGUAAGUAUAUGGUGCAUUACGUUUGAAUUUUGAAAAGAAAGUACAUGUAAAAAUAGCUAUGUGACAUGGGGGACAAGAAUAUUCCCCUCUCACUGCUCUUGUACGAAAUCCAAUGUUAC